AUGCUCCUUUAUGGCACAACCCUGCGAACGUUUCUAAAACUGUGCUUUGACCCUAAUUGACUUGCAUUAUAACUGUGAUAAGGCCUUAUCCUGUCAAUUGCCGGAAACAUUUUUUUAGAAUGUCAACAAUAACAAAUCUGAUGUUUGUGGUUUUUUAAGAUAAUAUUCAAUGUCAUAUUUCUAAUAAUAGAAAUUAAUAAAUUGAAUAUUUAGAAAUAAAUUUAACAAUAUGACUCUUUCAUUUCGUGUGGCAACACAUUGGUGUCACGAUUUUCCAAAACUUGCUAAGGAGUCUGGAUUUUAUUUUACAACAAAUAGUAGUAAACAUCAAGUGGACUGGAAUAAAAUAGGUUCCAUUGAUGUUGAUCGAGUAAUCAAAGAAAGAGAUUUUUUAACAGUAGACGAAACAAUAAACAGUAUUAUUGACUAUUCUUUUGAACGCGAGUUCAAUCAUAAAAGUUAUGAUCCUAAUUUCAUUAAGUUAUUCCGCCUAGCUCAACUUGCAGUAGAAUAUUUAUUGUAUUGUAAACAAUAUUUAGAUAAAAGUGUUUUAAUAUUAAAAGAAGAAUUGAGGAAAAAAAUACAAGAAAAUUGUACAUUACAAAGAAACGUGACAAUUGCUGAAGAACAAGAAAGAAUUCUAAAAGAUAAAUUGAAGGAAAAUAAUAAUAAAAUAGAAGAAACCAAGACUAAUUAUUUGCACAAUGAAAUAUAUAAAUGUCCACAUUGUACAAAAACAUUUAUAUCGGCAAUGUUCGUUCGAGCUCACAUAUCUCGACGUCAUCAAACUUUAUCUGACUCAUUCUUUACGCCUUUAUCUGUUCAUGAGGAGUAUAGAAUUGAGACUGAAAAAUUGCACAAUGAAAUUAAGACUUUAAAAGAAAAACUAAAUCAAACGGAAAAACUUAUUCGGAGUAAUUCAAAUAAAAUUUCACAUGAUAUUUCUAUAAAUGAUAGUUUAGGAAAUGGUGAAAAAUAUACAAUUGAAAAUUGUCAAAAUUUGAAAACGCAAGAGCAUGACAAAAGACACGAAAAUGAAUUAAAAAAUUUAAAGUCAUCUUUAUUUGGUGAAUUUGAGGUUACAUCUGAUUUAGAAACUUCCAAAAACAAACUUGAAAAGAAUGACAAUGAUUGUAAGGAAAAAUUGAAACAUCUCGAGAAUAAUCUUCGGGCUGAUAUAGAAGAUUUAUGUACUCAGCUAAAAUUGAAGCAAAAAAUAAAGGAAUCAAUUAUAUCUGAAAAUGAUUCAAAAACAAAUGCCCCAGAGAAUAAGUCUUUUAAUGAAAAGUCUGUUUUCGUUGUGAAAAAAAAUAUUCACUUAAAAGAUGUUGCUGUAACUACUGACUUACAAGUUCAUUCUGAUUCUGAAAAUCUAACUGUUGUUAAAUUAUCUAAAACGGAUUGUUUAAAAAAUAGUAAUCAACAAUUUCGAGAUGAUAAAUUCGAUUUUCAAUUUAGAGAUCCGGAAAGUUCAUCUAAUUCUGAAUUAAAUGAAUUUAAUACAUUAAAAAAGAAAGAUUUAUCAAGAAAAGUUGAUAGAAUUAAAGUUGCACCAAGGCGUGCAAUUAUUCCAGUUCAUUCUUCCAAUUCCUCGACAAAACCUGUUUUCGAUGAAAAACAUGAAACUAAAAAUUCUUUUUCUAAAGAAACUGAUGUAAUUGAUUUAAAUAAGAAUAAAAAAUUAUUAUUACGACAAAAAAAUCUGAGUAAUACAAAUUUAAAAACAUUACAUUCACAAAAUAGACAGUCAUUUAAAAGUUCGGAUGUUUGUACAAAUGAAAAUUUAGGAACUAUAAAAAGAUGUUACGAAAAUGUUCGCAAAGAUGAAGAAAUUGAAUAUUCUAGUGAAUCUGAAUCAAGUUCUGACACAGAAUCAAGUUCUGAUACAGAAUCAAGUAGUAAAUUACCAAUGUCAAAUCGUUCGCAAAUUUUAAAUUCUGAUUUUAAUAUUAAUAACGCUAAAGAAAGUGAAAUUGAAUCUUUAAUGUUUAAAAAAUCUUACCCGGAUGAAAUAAAUAAAUGUAAUUUAAAUUUAAAUGAACUAAAAAGUAAAUUGCAUAGCAAUUUAAAUAAUGAGUUACGCAAAUUGGGUAUCGAUCCUGAAUGGAAUGGAAUUCCAAGUGCUACAUAUAAAGAGAAGUUUGAGAUUUUGAAGCAUCAGCAAAAAUUAAAAUCAAAGAAAUUUGUAGCUUACAGUCAAAUUCAAGAAAAUCUUUUAGAGAAUAUUUUGCAAAAUAUAUAUGGAAAGAAGAAACAAACUGAAAGAAGUGAAUUAGUAAAGAAGUCUCUCUUAAACAAAGUUAUAACUAAUGUUAAAUCAAAAGCAAAGAGAGCGCUUAAUAUACAGAAGCCUCAUAGUUUCGAAAAAAUACGUCGUGGUACUCAAAUGGCAUUGUCACAAUCUAAAGAUUUACCGAAGAAAAAUCCAUUAAAACAAUUAGAUUCCCUACCACAAAAGCUAAAUGAAUGUGCUAUUCAAGAACAGAAAAAAUCAGAAUUUAAACAAGUUGAAUCACAAGAUAAGCAUCUAAAAUCAAAAUUUUUACAUCCUACUAGAAAAUUAUCUACUAGUGAUUCAGUAAUGAAAGAAAUUAAAGAUAUAACACGUGGCUUUCAAAAACUCGGAAAUUCAUGUGAAAACAUUCAUGACUCCCCAAGAAGAGGAAAUAAAAAAUCUGAGAAUUCCAAUUCUUGUUUUGACUUAACAAGUACUAAUGUCUCUUCUUCGAUGCGAAAUAGAAGAAGUGGUGACCUUAUGCCGGAUUCUUUUGCAGUUACAGCUAAUAUACAUAAUACGAAUAAUGUAUCAAAAUCACCAAAGAAUAAUAGAAGUGUUUUGAAGACAGCGAGUUCUGUUGGAUGUUUAAUUAAAAAGAAAGUAUUAUUUGACUUAAGAAAAUGUCCGGAGAAAAAUUUAAUUCAAAAUGAAACAAUGAACACAAAUGUAGAAGACAUCGAGGAAACAAAUUCUAGUAGUUCAAGUAUAAUAAGUGAAAAUGAUUCAACAUUCCAACAGGAGAAGUCGUUACGUAUGGAGAAUAUUAUGUUAAAGAGACCCCAAAACGAUGAAAUUAAAGAAAUAUCGAAGAACAUGAAAGAGCAGGUAAAUGUCGUUCGAAUGAUGCCAGCUAUUUCAGUAGAAACCCUUUCCACGGUCAAGUCCUCUUUAAAAUCAAUAGUUAAAAAUGAUAGUAUUCCUCAAAACGUUUUUAAAACUGAUAACUUAAUUUUAAAAAGUUGCGAAACCCAUACUGAAGAUAAAAAUUUACAAAUUGCUUCACGUAAUUUAGGAAAUAAUCAUUUCAAUUCUAGUAGAUUAGAUAGUCAAAUGUUCAACACCGAAGACGAUAAUUUAGAUUUAGAUAUAAGUGAGAUUUUAGAAAUAGAAUAAGUAAUUUGAGAUAUGUUUUUUAUGGGUAUGAUACUUUUUUCAUUGUGUUUCAGUUUAUAUGCUAUUAAACAAACAUUCCGUUGUUCCUAUAGAAUUUAUUUACAGAAAUGGGACAUGUUAAUACUUCCUGAAAUCUUCUUUGUUUUUAUAAAGACAAACCAGAUGAGUUAUAAUUACUGCCAUUGAUUGAUUAUUAUACAAAUCAAAUGUUUAUAUAGUGAGAAAUACAAAUAAAAUUAUAUGUUUGAAUAAGGUUUAAGUGUUUUAUGUGCAGUAGCUUGUAUUUUUAAAAGUAUACAAAUUUUUGUUAAAAUUAGAAUUAUUCAAUUAUUACUAAUAAAAAAAUCUGCUAUUUUAUCAUUUUCUCUAUAAAUAAGAAAAAGUCAGUCUAGCGUGUCCAUGAAAGCGUUUUGCGAUUAUAUUAAUUACAAACUACGGACAUACGUCAAAGUCUCGAUCGUUAUAAUGGUCUCUACCUGGUGAUAGCUCCUGAUUUCAUUUCUGAUCCGCCAAUCUCUUCCCAUCAUUACUCUUCCUCUUCUCAUCUCCCUUUACUGCGCCGCGCCUAUAUCUUUUUUUCUUCAGAGUUUUUAGUGUAGUAAACGAGAUGACGUGAUGACGAAAACAUCAUCAAAGCCCUGCUCUCGCGCAACUCAGCAGAGAGAACCUUUUCAGAUAUUUUGAAUACUUUAAAGGUCUCUCUAUCCUUUCCUUUAAUCCUUUGAGUCAUGGAGAAAUCAGGUUAUCCCUGCAUGAGAGAAUUCUGAGUAUUUUCUCGAAAGCCAUUUUCUUCUUAACUACAGCAGAGAUUAGUUCGCUUCAGCUAAUAGGAUUGGGAUUGGUGUUGUUCUCAUGCAACCUUAAGGGGGGAACACCAGUUGUAACUUUCGAAAAAUCGAUUUUUUUUUUGGUGCAUUUUCUUAAAGUAUACAUAUUUAGAAAUGUGUCUGUAAAUUUCAAAGUUGAUCCGGUGAAAAAUAAAUGAGAUAUACAGAACACUGCAGCGGCGCGUCCCGUGGCUUCAUACAAGGUGGCCAGCCAUACCUGACCCUAACGACAGAUGGCCUUUUCCUAUGAUUUAGAAACGGCAACCACUGCGGAAGAGUUAUUAUAUUGUCCAGGAAUCGAUGACUCUUUGUAACUUAGAAACAAAAUUUCUUCUGAACAAAAAAAAGUAAGUUGAAACUUUUAAUGCGUUUUUCUCAAAAUGACAUUUUCCAAGUCGGUGACCACGAUUACUCGAAUACCAUUAAACCGAUUUAUUUAAAAUUUAGUGUGCUUCAUUUACACAUAUAAGUCUAGUUCGUGAUCGAAGGAUUUUUUUUUUUAAUCAAAACUUUUUUUUAUAUAGCUGAAAAUCGACCGUAUUUUUUUAACGAAAAUCAUACUUUUGACUUUGACAGGUCGCCAUUUUGUCAAAUUUUUUUUUUUUUUUAAAUCCUUCGAUCACGAACUAGAUAAUCUUAUAAUAAAUGUAAAUCAAUUUCAUUUUUGUAUUUCAGACGAAGUAUACUUGCAGAAUGCUGGUCACCGCAAUUCGCCUUUUUUCUUAAGACGCCACUUCAAUGGCUCAUAUCUCCAAAAGUUUUUGUUAAAAAAAUUUUUUUUUUCUUUUAAAUUACAGCUUUUUACAUGUACUUUUAACUAAUAAAUAGUAUUCUUUAAAAAGAUUCAUUGUUCUUUUGGAAAAUAUUCUUGAAAAAACCAUUAUUUUUUGAGUUACAACUGGUGUUCCCCCCUUAAGAUCACAGGGCCUGGUGCUGAACUUUAUCCAUUCUUCUAAAAAAAGAAUCACUAAUACUCUUGCGUAUAGUAUUACGCGUAUAUUAUUGUCACCGUAAAUUAAUAUCAAAGUGUCUAGGUUUUGGAAUUACUUAUUGUAACGUUGUAUUUGGUUACUUAAAUAUAAACACAUUUUCCCGUGUUUUGCCGAAAUAUAAUUUAAAAUAAUUACGCGAGAAAUAAUUAUAAUUAUUAAAUGAGCCAAGUCCAAACUCCAAACUUACAUUUUUAUAUUAUGUUUAUUUUGUUAUAAAUUGAGCAAUGUAAUUUCUAUAAUUUCCUAAAAAUAAGAAUGAGAUGCACAGAUUAGGGUAACUUAGGAUAGAAUAAUUAGUAUAAACAAAAUUUGAAAGGAAAUUUAAAGGUAAACACUGAGUUACACUCUGAUUAAUGUUUGAUAUAAUUGUAAUUUGAGUGAAAAGAAGUGGCCUGAAUAUUACGAAGACAUACUCGCUAUAUAUUUAUGUAGCACAAGAAGAAGAGAAAAAAUUAUCGACCACAAUUAGUUACUGACUUUUAGAGUAUAAUUUUCAGACACUCGGACCUGCAGCACUCUGGCUCACUGAUGCUUUUCCUUAUUUAUUUAUUUAUUGAAAUAAACGGGACAAGCCCUUUCGUACAAAGUACUCUUAAAAACUAAAGAAUGAUCUAAAACUAAGAAUAAAUUUAAGAAAACAAGUUGAUAAAUUUAGGCGCAUUAUUGGUUAAAGUUCAGGAUGAGCCUACGAAGUGCUAAGGUGAAUCUUGAUAAACUGUUAUCAAAAAAGUUGACAUUACGGGAGAUACUGUUCGCCUCUCUACUGAGUCUGUUAAUUAAUGAUAAUUAUUACCAUAAUUUGUUCUGUGAAAAGAAACAGAGAAUAAUGCGAGUAAUGUCUAGUAAUUACACUAGGAACUGAAAAGUUUAUCAAUGACAGUAAUGUAGGGCAAUCAAUAAUUUCGUUUAUCAAUCUGUAUAAAAAGAUCAUGUCAAUGUAAAGAAAUCUGGAUGUCAACAAUGGGAUAUUCAUAAUAGAUCGCAGUUCAUUGUAAUUAUGGGUAUGUCUGUCAAAAGGUAAAUUUAAUUGUCGUGCUUAUGUUAAUAUAUUAUAUAUUUUUGAACUUAGUUUUCAACUACAGUCCUGGUUGUAGUAACCAAUUUUCUAUGUCAAGGUAACACAAUUUUUUCUGGUUCGAAUAACAUAUAUGUAGUCAAAGGCAAAUUUCACCACAAAAAUCUGGUUGUAUGAACUAGGAAUUUAUCUCGAUUGAGUAGAAGCGCUUCCGCCUCAAUUCCCGCGUAUCAUAUAAGACUGGAAAUUCUAGAGAUGAACGGUCACAAGAGAUAAUUCCUAGAAAAAUUGAUAGAAGCGCACGUCUUUUGUAAUUGACUGUAUGUGAUCCAAUGUCUUUGUUGUAGAAUGACUAUUUUUAACUUUGCAAUACAGAAAAAACCUAAUCUCAUUUUUGUUGCAAAUCAAAAUGAGCCAAUGCUAAACGACAUAGACAGUAGCGCCACCAACCUGGUUCAUUUUUGUUGCACAUCAAAAUGAGCCGCCUACACGACUUAUUCUGAGUUCAGUUUUUUUUUCUGUGAAUGUACCAUAUUUUUUAACAGCGUCAUUCUUGUUUAUUGUUUCCAAGAACGUUCACUAAAGAGUAAAUUGUAUACCUCCAUUGAUCUUAAGAAUAAAUGAAUGUUAAGACUUUUAA